GGUAUGUGCUGUUAGCACGUAGCAUUUUGCUAACUGUUUAUUAUUGCUUGUUGCACUAAUAGCUUGCUUGUUGUACACCAGCCUGUCUUUUCAUCGGUUUGUGUGUUUCUCCGGAUGCUGUUUUGGAUGCGAUUACUGCCCUCCUUUCAGGUAUGAGGAAGUUUUAUUGUAAGCCAGGUCUCGUUUCACUGAGGGACGGGUGGUUUGAGUAAUGUGCAGUCCCUGUACUUCAGUUUUACCAGCGGGUUAUUUGAAGGCUGUGUAUCCUGAGCGGUGAACUGAUUGUAAAACUCGUCUAUCCGCAUUUGGAUUCUCCCUUUCGUCCUGGGCGAUUAUUAUUGCAGCUCGGUUCUGUCUCCGCAGCGCGCCGAGCGAACGAUAUCGGAUUACAACUAUUUAAAGGGACUUCUGCUGCUGCCGUCUGGUUUCUGUGAUUUGUUUUAACUGACUUUUUUUGGUUUACUUUGGGGUGGAUGAUUGUACAUUUAUUGGGGCUGGCCUAAGGACGACGUGGCCGCUCCGAGUCCUGUUUUCCUCAAACUUUUAACAGUUUUUUGUUUAUUUUGUUUCUUUUGCAGAUUUGUAUAUGGUGACUUGUACUGUGCUGUGGUGACUGUUGCCCAUCGUGUUACGGUGGAAUUGUGACUGCAAUUUGCUUUUCAUUCAUUCCUGUUUGAGAUUUAUUUAUUUUGUUUUUGCUUUCUUUCAGGAGCUGGGGUCCCACGGGUGAAAGAUCUUUUUGUGGUGGUGGUGCUGCUUCUUCAACGUUUGCCGUGUGACACUUUUGAAGUGUACGAGUGUGUGAUCUGAGUUCACGGUGGGGUGUGUGUGUGGAAGUGUGCUUUUGGAUAACUAGCGCUGGUGAUCACUCCGAAGCUGGGCAGCAGCAGUCCUUUUAAUUUUGUGGGUGUGAAGAGUAGAUCCCAAGUUUCAUAUUUGCAUCAGUAGUGGUAAGUAAUUGCGGGUUUUGCAAUUAUGGACGACGAACUACGUGAGUUGAGAGAAUUGGUAGCCCAAUUAAGGGCAGAUAAUGAAAGAUUGCGACAGGAGCAAGUGCCAAUUGCACAACCUGGCCCAUCUAAUGCUCCUGUGUCUGCCGUUGUAUAUCCUCCACUCACUGGUACCGGUGCAUCAGCAACUGAUCGUUUCGUUUUUGUUCCUCGAGAUCGUAAGUGCCUGAAAUUUAACGGUAAGUCCGGCGUUAUGGUCGAGGAAUGGGUGGAGGAGGCUCAGGCCUGCAUGCGGCUUCGCCAUCUCUCUUCAGUUGAUCAAGCAUUUUUCUUGGUUGAUCAUUUGGAGGGAGAGGCGAGGGAGGAAAUUCGAUAUCGACCAAGGGACGAGAGGGAGGAUCCAAACAAAAUUAUUCAGGCAUUGCGUGAAUUGUAUGGUUGCACAAGUUCGUACGUAGCUCUUCAAGAGUCAUUUUUUUCCAGAAAACAACAGGAUGGGGAUACCUUGUUAGAGUUCUCCCUGGCCCUGUUGAAUCUUCUGGAUAAGGUGAAACGUCAAUCACCCCAUGGUAUGCCUAAUGCGGAUAUUUUAUUGAGAGAUCAAUUUGUUGAACAUGUGAGCGAUUGUGCGCUUCGACGUGAAUUGAAACAGUUGGUCCGCCGCCAACCCACUGCUAUGUUGUUGAACGUUCGCAGCGAAGCUAUUCGCUGGGAACGUGAGGGAAUGCCUGGGGGGGCACGUGGUCGAAGCCAAUCAGUUCCUUCCACUUAUGGUAUUCAGUAUGGGGUACAGGGACAUCAGCACACGGGGGGAAGUAGUAUCUCGGCGACUUCCAAAUUGAGCGAGUUGCGAGAAAUGCUGAAAAAGCAGCAACAACAAUUGAAUCAACUUACUCAAAGUGUGGCUCAAAUUCAAAAUCCUCAGCGUUCGCAAUUAUCCCGGCUUAAUCAGAUCAUUUGUAGAAGGUGUCAGCAGCCUGGUCACUUUGCCAGGGAUUGUGAUGGAGAACGGAGACCUUCUCGUUUUCCACCAGCAUGUGCAGAUUCCGCGGUAACGAGGGGUGGGCAGUCACAGUCCAGGCAGCCGUCGGAAAACUAGUUCCCGCUGAGCUGCAGGGCCACAGCUUGGUCGGGGAAAAGACAGGCUCGGGUGUUCUAAAUGAUGCCGAUUUUAUGUCUCGUUUUAUGUCGACGUGUCCACAACUCGACGUGUGUAUGGGUGGGGUUAUGGUACCUUGCCUGGUGGACACUGGUUCCAUGGUGUCCACCAUUACAGAGAGUUGUUUCUUGACAAAUUUCGGGUCGUGGGGUCAGGAACAGCUUAGGUCGUGCCACUGGUUACAGCUCCGGGCUGCGAAUGGCCUCUCAAUUCCUUAUAUCGGCUAUUUAGAGCUGGAUGUACAGCUUUGUGGGCACGUGGUCUUAGGGUGCGGAGUGCUGGUGGUCAGAGAUCCUCCCGGUGGUUUGUGUGCUCAGGUUCCUGGGGUUCUGGGAAUGAACGUCCUGAGCCGCUGCUACCAGGA